AUGUUUUUGUUUUGUCUUUUGGUGAUCAGAGCAACAGCUAAACCAAACAGUACCUACCAAGCCAGGCUUAGACCAGCAAGUAAUUGCUGGCUAGCCAGAGAGAUUUUGCUUGGUGGUCUUGAAACACCAAUCCCUAUGAGCCCUCAAAGAGUAUCAAAGACAAGCAAAUCCCUUGAGGGUAUCCAUGGGGUUCAUGUUGUGUCUCAUUCGCCUUUCGCCUUUGAGAGUAUAAGCCAAGUAUCCAGCUUUGAAUCCUCUGAUGCAGGAACAAAACAGAGACUAUUCAUUGAACGCGUAUGGCAGCAACGACCACCAUGCCUCAGACCCAUUCAUUGCAGCAUCCACGGUGAUCGGAGUAUCUUAGAAACAGCUGCUAAUGUGAUCACAUCGCUCCCUUUCGUUGCCCUCGGUAUGCAGGCACCGAGGAAGAACUUGAACAUGAAGGUGUAUGCAAACUCCUUAAUCGGAGUCGGAGUCGCAUCGAGUUUGUAUCACUCUUCAAGAGGGAAGUUGAGGAAGUACCUUAGAUGGGCUGAUUACACAAUGAUAGCCAUAGCGACAGUAUGUCUUUCUAGGGCUCUUAGGGAAGAGAACCCAAAGUUCUUGAUGGCUGCAUCAGCUUUGGCUUUACCAUUCCAGCCUCUCGUGGUUUCAGCUGUUCACACCGGAAUGAUGGAGGUUGCAUUUGCGAAAAGAGCCUUAAAGGAUCCAGAUUUAAAAUCGGCUCAUAAUUUACACAAGAUGUCUUCGUUAUUGGGCGGAGCUUUGUUCAUAGCUGAUGAUCUUUUCCCUGAAACACCAUUCAUUCACGCCGGUUGGCAUCUCGCUGCAGCCAUUGGCGUUGGAACGUGCAAUAAGCUUCUUCAGUAG